AUGGUGCAGAAAUCGCGCAACGGCGGCGUGUACCCCGGUCCGAGCGGGGAGAAGAAGCUCAAGGUGGGCUUCGUGGGGCUGGACCCGGGCGCGCCGGACUCCACCCGCGACGGCGCGCUGCUCAUCGCCGGCUCCGAGGCCCCCAAGCGCGGCAGCAUCCUGAGCAAGCCGCGCGCGGGCGGCGCCGGGGCCGGGAAGCCCCCCAAGCGCAACGCCUUCUACCGCAAGCUGCAGAAUUUCCUCUACAACGUGCUGGAGCGGCCCCGCGGCUGGGCUUUCAUCUACCACGCCUACGUGUUCCUCCUGGUCUUCUCCUGCCUUGUUCUCUCAGUGUUUUCCACCAUCAAGGAGUACGAGAAGAGCUCAGAGGGGGCCCUGUACAUCCUGGAAAUCGUCACCAUCGUGGUGUUCGGUGUGGAGUACUUUGUGAGGAUCUGGGCCGCGGGCUGCUGUUGCCGGUACCGUGGCUGGAGGGGGAGGCUCAAGUUCGCCAGGAAGCCCUUCUGUGUGAUUGACAUCAUGGUGCUCAUCGCCUCCAUCGCUGUGCUGGCUGCAGGCUCCCAGGGCAACGUCUUCGCCACCUCUGCCCUCCGGAGCCUGCGGUUCCUACAGAUCCUGCGCAUGAUCCGCAUGGACCGGAGAGGGGGCACCUGGAAGCUCCUGGGCUCGGUGGUCUAUGCUCACAGCAAGGAGCUGGUGACCGCCUGGUACAUUGGCUUCCUCUGCCUCAUCCUAGCCUCAUUUCUGGUGUACCUGGCAGAGAAGGGUGAGAACGACCACUUUGACACCUACGCAGACGCGCUCUGGUGGGGCCUGAUCACCUUGACGACCAUUGGCUACGGGGACAAGUACCCUCAGACCUGGAACGGGCGGCUCCUGGCGGCAACGUUCACCCUCAUUGGCGUCUCUUUCUUUGCUUUGCCUGCGGGCAUUUUGGGGUCUGGCUUUGCCCUGAAAGUCCAAGAGCAGCAUCGGCAGAAGCACUUCGAGAAGAGGCGGAACCCAGCGGCUGGCCUCAUCCAGUCUGCCUGGAGGUUCUACGCCACCAACCUGUCCCGCACGGACCUUCACUCCACGUGGCAGUACUACGAGCGCACGGUCACCGUCCCCAUGUACAGCUCGCAAACUCAAACCUACGGGGCCUCCAGACUCAUCCCACCCCUCAACCAGCUGGAGCUGCUGAGGAACCUCAAGAGCAAAUCGGGCCUCACCUUCAGGAAGGAGCCUCCGCCGGAGCCGUCACCAAGUCAGAAGGUCAGUUUGAAAGAUCGUGUCUUCUCCAGCCCUCGAGGCGUGGCCGCCAAGGGGAAGGGGUCCCCCCAGGCCCAGGCGGUGCGGCGGUCCCCCAGCGCUGACCAGAGCCUCGACGACAGCCCAAGCAAGGUGCCCAAGAGCUGGAGCUUUGGUGACCGCAGCCGGGCUCGCCAGGCCUUCCGCAUUAAGGGCGCAGCGUCCCGCCAGAACUCAGAAGAAGCGAGUCUCCCGGGCGAGGACAUUGUGGAAGACAACAAGAGCUGUAACUGCGAGUUCGUGACCGAGGAUCUGACCCCUGGCCUCAAAGUCAGCAUCCGCGCUGUGUGUGUCAUGAGGUUCUUGGUGUCCAAGCGCAAGUUCAAGGAGAGCCUCCGGCCAUAUGACGUGAUGGACGUCAUCGAGCAGUACUCGGCUGGACACCUGGACAUGCUGUCCCGCAUCAAGAGCCUGCAGUCCAGGAUAGAUAUGAUUGUGGGCCCCCCACCCCCUUCAACUCCCCGGCACAAGAAGUACCCCACCAAAGGACCCACGGCCCCUCCGAGAGAGUCGCCCCAGUACUCUCCUAGAGUGGACCAGAUUGUGGGGCGGGGCCCGGCGAUAACAGACAAGGACCGGACCAAGGGCCCAGCGGAGCCGGACCUGCCUGAGGACCCCAGCAUGAUGGGACGGCUUGGGAAGGUGGAGAAGCAGGUCCUGUCCAUGGAGAAGAAGCUGGACUUCCUGGUGAGCAUCUACACUCAGCGCAUGGGCAUCCCCGCAGCCGAGACCGAGGCCUACUUCGGGGCCAAGGAGCCCGAGCCCGCCCCGCCCUACCACAGCCCCGAGGACAGCCGCGAGCACCCGGACAAGCACGGCUGCAUCAUCAAGAUCGUCCGCUCCACCAGCUCCACCGGCCAGAGGAACUACGCCGCGCCCCCCGCGCCCCCCGCCCAGGGCCCGCCGUCCACGUCGUGGCAGCCGCAGGGCCACCAGCGCCACGGCACCUCCCCGGUGGGGGACCGCGGCUCCCUGGUGCGCAUCCCGCCCCCUCCCGCCCACGAGCGGUCCCUGUCUGCUUACAGCGGGGGCAACCGGGCCAGCACCGAGUUCCUGAGGCUGGAGGACGCCCCCGCCGGUCGGCCCCACGAGGCCCUGCGGGACAGUGACACGUCCAUCUCCAUCCCGUCCGUGGACCACGAGGAACUGGAGCGCUCCUUCAGCGGCUUCAGCAUCUCCCAGUCCAGGGAGAACCUGGACGCCCUCGGCAGCUGCUACGCGGCCGUGGCGCCGUGCGCCAAGGUCAGGCCCUACAUCGCCGAGGGCGAGUCCGACACGGACUCUGACCUCUGCACGCCCUGCGGGCCCCCGCCACGCUCCGCCACCGGCGAGGGCCCCUUCGGCGACGUGGGCUGGGCCGGACCCAGGAAGUGA